UGAAACAGGCAACACAGAUCUCGGAAGCAGUGUCGCUGUUAAGCAGUCCCCGGGCGGCACUUCUAAGCCGGGGCGAGAACCUGCUUCCCGAGGCCGUUGGGAGGAUCCAGGGAGAGGGCGAGCUGUCCUUCCACGCAGAGGCGAGCGCGCCCCACCGCAGACCCUCGCCCAGCGUGCGCGCGCAGCCGGGGCAAGGGCGGGGCGCGUCCGCGCGUCCGUUGCCAAGGCCGCGCUGCCCCGGCGACCGAGCGGCGGGACCCCGCGCACGCGCAGUGGCGGAUUCCGGUGCACUGUGGGAUGGAAACUGGAGCGGCGCGUUCGGGCCAGAGCGGGCGGCGGUCGCUGGGCGAGAGCGGCGGGGACGCGGGGCUUAGACUCGGCGGGCAGGCUGGGGCGCCGCCAUGAACGCGGCGGUGGUGAGGCGGACGCAGGAGGCCCUGGGGAAGGUGAUUCGGAGGCCGCCGCUGACGGAGAAGCUGCUGAGCAAGCCCCCAUUCCGCUACCUGCACGACAUCAUCACGGAGGUGAUUCGGAUGACCGGCUUCAUGAAGGGCCUGUACACAGAUGCCGAGAUGAAGUCGGAUAACGUGAAGGAUAAAGACUCAAAGAUCAGCUUCCUGCAGAAGGCCAUAGACGUGGUGGUCCUGGUCUCAGGCGAGCCACUGGCGGUGAAGCCGGCCCGUGUCGUGGCGGGGCAUGAGCCCGAGAGGACGAAUGAGCUCCUGCAGAGGAUCGGAAGGUGCUGCCUGGGCCAGCUGUCCAGUGAGGACGCAGUGAAGAGAGUGCUGGCUGGAGAGAAGGGGGACACGAGAGGACGGGCCACACUGACCUCGAAGCCUCAGGAGUCGGACGACAGGAACUCGAGGGACGAGGAGCCCAGGGUCCCCAGAGAUAAGGAGGGUGUGGGAACUUCUGAAAUAAACGAGGGAAGUGCAAGCAGAGACCGAAGACAGAGAGAACUGAAGGAAGAAAGCAAACCGAGGGACAAGGAGAGGGACAAGGAGAAGGCCAGGGAGAACGACCGCGAUCGACAGAGAGACCCUGAGCGAGACAGGGGCCGUGAGGGCGAGCGAGAGAGGGCCAGAGCCCGGGCCAGGGCGGACAGGGACAGGGACCGGGACAGAGGCGCCAGGGACCGGGACAAGGAUUCGGACCGCACGAGAGAGAGGAGGAGCGAGGGAGGAAGAGAAAAGGAGCGGUGGAAAGACCGGGAGAAAGAGCGUGAGCGAGACAAGGGCAGGGACCGGGACCGGCGGAGGGCGAAGAACGGGGAGCGUGCCCGGGACCCUGGCAGAGAGAGGAACCGAGAGCAGGAUAAACCGGACAAGAAGUCAUCGGGCUCCGGGGAGAUGUCUAAAAAGUUGUCGGAUGGACCGUUCAGAGACUCCAGAGCCGAAGCCGAGACGGAGGCCUCCCCCAGGGCAUCCGGGUCCGUGACAGCGAAGACCUCCAGACGCCGGUCCAGGACCUCAGGGGAAGGACCGAAGGACGCUGCUGCCGGCUCAGCACGUGUUUCGGACGGCGGCUCGGCCGGCCCGCGGCGGGACAGCCCCGAGCCAGAACCGGCAGUGAGGCGGAAAGGUGACUCUCCGAGCGACGCAGAAGGAGACGUGGGACCCGCCAGUCAGGACAAGCCCCAGGGACCUGAGGACGCCGAGGUCCCCGUGGACCUCCCGCCGGACGCCAGAAGGCUCCCGCGGCCCGGGAGCGCCAGGCCGGCGCCGCCCCGGGUGAAGCGGCAGGACAGUGCAGAGGUGUUGGCGGCCGACAGGACCGGGAGCGGUAAAGCCACCGUCCCCAGCGUGAUCGUGGAUGCCCAGAUCUCCGAGGACGAGGACGACCAGUUUGUGGUGGAGGCCGCGCCCCAGCUGCCUGAGGCGCCGGAGCACGAGGGGGCGCAGGCCCUGGAGCUGGAAGAGGACGAGAAGCACGGAGGACUUGUUACGAAGAUUCUGGAGACCAAGAGAGAUUACGAGACGCUGCGGCUGCCCCCCAGACCUGGGGGGAAGAAAGGUAGAAAUGCAACUGAUUCACGAAAAAGAAGAGACUCGUACAGUGCGCAGGGAAGGUGCCAGAAGUGGGUGUGCAGUUCCGUGCUGGAGAUUCCUGGCCGGAAGAUGCUCUGCGGUCGGGUGGACCAGCUGAGGUUGAUAGUGAUCAAAUCGAGACAUUAAUGGAGAAUGAUCAACAUUCUACCACAUGGGAGAUAGCCAAUACACUCAAAAUACCCAAAGGAAUGAAGUUAUUGGUGAAAAUAAAAAUAUGUCUUUUAUUUUACGGAAAAAGCUAAAUGGACUUUUUGGCCAGCCCAACACUUUCCGACCAGCAGUGUGGGAAGGUUCUGGUCCCUCUGCACCCUCGGCCUUUGUGUUUCCUGCUGGUUUCACUGUACAUUUGUGCACGUGGCUCCUCCUCCUCGUCCUGAUGCUGCCCGCCGGCCGCUUCCCUCCAAGCCGCCCUUCCUGCCCACUUCUCUAGUGGGCGUGUCCCCUCCCAGUUUCUCUCUGAGUUUCUUUUGGGUAAUUAAUAUGUGAAUCAGUAAGGAUUAGGUUUACCUGUGAGGGGAGGAAAGAUCUAGAACGGAGUGGCCUCCACGCUGCAGGAAGUGCUUCGGCUUGUGCGCUGCCGCCCGGAGUGGCCUCGCCUCUCUCCUCUGCUCUCCUGCCCGUCCAACCGCAGGAAGACGGGGCCCGGGGCAGGGGGAGGGCCCACCCUUCCUCUUUCAGGCUGUCCCCUGGGGGCUGUGCACACCCCCUCCAGGUCCUUGUCACCGAGGGAACCGGGAGGUGAAUCUUCAUUUGGGGCAUCACCGGCUCAGCCAACAGUCGAGUUCCAUGAACACAGACUGGAGCUUGCCGGAGUUUCUGGCUGCCUGGCCAGCUCAGAAAACGGUGCCGCCGGCAAGCCGCGUGGGUGAACAGAGGAGCCCGCCCACCCAGGGGCUGCUGUGUGGGGGCUGCCCUUGGCGGCAGGGGCCUCCGUGAGCAGAAGUGGGUCGGCCAGCAGUCUCUCCACGGCGUUUCUCUAGGAAGCAGUUUCAUUCAUAUUUUACAAAGUCAUGGCCUGAAGAUGUUUGAAGUCCACGUUCAGAUUUUAAAAAUACAUUGUAGCUGUAGUUUCCCUUUAUUUCAGAAGUGCCAUCUUUACCCUGGAUGAGACUUUUUAAAAACUACUGAAAUAGACACCCUCUAGGAAGGAACCAACUUUUGGUUUUGUAGACAGUCACUUUCCUGAUUGUUUUAAUUUCAUUGAUUUCUACUCUUUAUUUUUCCUUUUAAUUUCUUUAGGUGUCUACUUUUUUUUUAUUAAGAUUUUAUUUAUUUAUCUUUAGAGGGGAAGGGAAGGAGAGAAGGAGAGAAACAUCAAUUGUGGUUGCCUCUCGUGUGUCCCCUGCUGGGAACUGGCCUGCAACCCAGGCAUGUGCCCUGACUGGGAACCGAACCGCGAUUGUGUGGUUCACAGGCCCGCGCUCAAUGCACUGAGCCACACCAGCCAGGGCUAGGUGUCUACUCUUUCUAGCUUCUUGUGUGAAGCUUAUUAGCUCAUUUAUCUUUAGUCUGUCAUUUUAAAAAUUAACAUAUUAAAGACUUUACAUUUUAAGCAUGCUUUCUCCUUAAGCUUUAAAUUCCUUGAAUAGUACAUUAACGUUAAAUAUUAAAGUUUCUUGAAUUUUAAUGUAAAGUCCUCUGUUACUUCUUUUAAACGUGGGCUACUUAGGUUACUGUUCUUUAGCUUUCAAAUAAAGGGUUUUUGAAAAGUCUCUUUACUGACACUGUAGCGGAGCCGCACACGCGAACGGCGCGUGACUCCGACCAUUGGGGAGCGAGCCUUUCCCGUGGCCUCGCCGCGGUCGUGUUCGCGUGUGCUCCAGCGGGCACACAGGGCGUCUCUGCUUCCCGCGCCCUGUCCUCAUCCCCUGGAGGCGGCUGUCACGCACCCGAAGCAAAGGUCCCUAGUGCCUGCCUCUUACUGUCC